UUACAGCUACAGCAACCUUGCAAAAACCAGUCACUAUAAGUAGAAUUUAUACGUUUAAGCGAAUGAAUCCAAACUGGUUCGUAGAGGAGCAAUGCCAUGUCACUCCAAUGUAUCCCAUCAGGCCUAUUCCUUUGUGUCCACUACGCACGAGCACGCAGUGGCAUACGACACCUAUCAGGAUUAUCCCUAAACCACUUCUCGAGGAGCUGAGUCUGGAGAAUGAGUUGAGUAGAGUUACAGCUGAAGUCGACGACGUUAAGGACAAAAAUCUUGAUCUUGAAGRAGAUGAUGAAAUUUCAAACCCUGAAACUGUAACUCCAAAGCUGAAGUUUGGCAUUGAAGCGAUACUUAGUGGUACCACGACUAGUCAGCCAAUGACUCCAUCGUCGAAUUCCUAUCACUCACAGAGAAAGCCACCAAGACCUCGACCAGUGUUCACUCAACUACAACGACAAGGCCUAGAACGAUGCUUCCUGGCUAAAAAGUACCUCCAAAAGAGCGAGAGAACAAAAAUAGCUUCGAUGUUGAACUUGACUGAAAAGCAAGUCAAAAUAUGGUUCCAAAACCGGAGGGUCAAGCGCAAACAAGAAAUCCAUACCAACACCCCCAAUGGAAUUGCGACGACAACCCAUGAGUACUUGUGUCAGCAGUGUUACCCACAUUAAAGAGACGCAUGCUGAAAACACUUUUAAAAAAAUAAUAAAUUGGUAGGAACGCUCAUCUAAUGAGCCCGCGUGUAUUUUGGUCAACAUUGGAGAAGCAUGCGUAUAGAACUCAAUUUAAAAUUGGUAGAAAAUGUAGAAUUCUCAUUUAAUGAGCUCGCGUUGGUUUUGGUCAUCCGUGGAUCAUAAUCUCAUAUUGCAACAGAUUUUAAUGUAAACUAGCCACUCGACAUUCCAUAGAAUUUUUAUUAGUAGGUAAUGUUUAAAUUAUUUGCCAGUUUAACUUAAGUUUGACUUUAACUUAGCUCCAGUUAAGAAUAGACAAUCUUACGUGCACUCAAAGAACGUACUAUUACCGCUGUGUUCUUUAACCGCAGACUCACUUACCAAUCCUCUCUUAGUUUAGCAAUACAUUUUUCUCAAUGGCAAGUGAAAUAUUUUUUCUGA